CUCAGUGGGCACCGAUCGUAGGACUCAACUCAGGGAUUAUAUUACAGCGAGGCGGCGACAUGGGGUGCACUAUGUCUUGUGUUUCACCCCAAAAGUGUAGGUUUAAGUACUCGAGCAAAAGCUUCAUACGACGAAAAAGCAGUCGAUUAUUUCGUAAGAAAAAUCCACAAGAGGGCCAAGUGAAGUCAAACAGCAUUGUGAAUAUACUGUGCUAUGUUUCACCCAAAAAGGAGUUCACACCUAAGGAAUUGGAAAAAAUUCAGAAUAUCAACUGGGACCAGAAAUUUGCCUAUGAUCCAUUCAGUGGAUGGAAGAAAAGCAGCACCAGUGUCAAGAAUCUUGGGAAAAUGAUUUACAGUUCCAAAGUUCGGUUUCGCUUUCAGCAUUGUCAGGAGGUACACGACUGUUAUCUGGAUCUGUUUCAGACCCACCUUCACUUCCUGUCUAACAACACCACAGGACUGACAUAUCAGGGAACAUUACCCUUAAAGGAGCUGAAUGUCUGCAACCUUCGUGGAAGUGAACCUGGGAAACAUGCCUUCAAGAUAACAGGCUCAUGUUUGAAUCAUAUUAUCAUAUACUGCUCCAGCGAAGAACAACUAGAGAUCUGGCUUGGGCACUUGAAGGAACAAGUUGAGUUAAAUGGUGGAACUGUUACUUCAUCAGAAGCCAAAACAUAUGCGAGGAUUAAGAGCAAAAGAGACAAUGGCCAAGAGAAAGAGGAGCUGCGUAAUUCAGUAAAUAAUGAGCCUAUUUAUGAAUGGGAAGGCUCACAGAGGGAAUCACUGGGUCAAGUUGCCUUUGUUUCCAAGGUCAAAGUGCAGCAUUUACCAUGCCAAGACCUUCACAACAGACUCUUGGUUCUGUAUCCUGCGACCCUGAUUAUGUUAUCAGAUGAAGACAAUUGCCUGUUCUAUAAGGGAAAGCUUCCUCUCAAUGCAAUCACAAUAACAACACACUGUAAUGAUGAUAACCCCAACAGUUUCAUGAUUGAAGGAAAGUUGAUUAAUCCUAUAAUCGUGUCAUGUAUGGAUGAAUGUGACUAUCAGGACUGGCUGCACCAUCUCGGGACUUUAGAUGUUGCCAUUGAAGGACCUCAAGGCCAUGUCUAUGACCCAAUCUACACACCCACUAAAAUUGAGUCGCCCAGACGCUCCAUGGAGUCCUGUGAAUUGGAUUCUAGGGGCAGCUGUAAGGUCUCGGAGAAGGCGCACAGCUGGUCAUAUCAACCACCUCGUGGGUCUGGAAGAAGUCUGUUUGAGUUCCCCGAGGACCUCGCAUCACCAGGAUAUACUGAACCACUAUGCUAUAUAUCAAGCCGCCCCACAUCCUACGAAACGCAGACAACCCGUCAGUUUAGCGAAUCCAGCGGACUGGAGUCAUCAAGUGAAGAAUCCUUCAUAAAUAUCGAACAUUCAAAGCUGAGAAAUUCUCCUUGUGAAAGAGAUUCGUACGCAUCGAUCGCGGAUUCCUUGUCUCCGCUAUACAGCACACCUUACAAGCCUGGUCGCAGUUGCCAAAGAGACAAGGAUAUGAGAAACAACAUCAUGCGGUUUGCGGCAGACAAACUGCCCCAUUCCUAUUCUUCACCUGUGUGUCUGCAGCUGUCUGGCCCCCCAUCAGAAAAAAAGAGACGGAGUCCCCAUUCCACCAUAAAUGAGAUCUGCACAGAUACACCUGACAGAUGGGAAGGCUGUGGAGCAUUUUCAAAGUUUUCUUUACUCCCUGCACCUCCAAGAAUGUCCAUACAACAACAAGAACAACUGAACACAUUGGAAUAUGACCCGGAUUUGUUGGGCUACCAAGAAACUUCUGACCAUUUGGAGCCCUUCAGACGUAACAAGCUCAGCAAUGAUUAUGACAACAUCUGGGAGUUCCACGAGGAGCCUGCUCACGCACACAACUCUGUCAUAUCCCACCGGAUGGAUUUUCAUCUGGGUGGGGAAGAUAUCAACACUAAGUCAACACAGAAGAGAUGGUCAUAAUCAUGAAUGCAGACAAACAAAGGAAACUCAAACAGCAACGGUGAUAAGCAGCCCUUUAAAACACCUGAUCUUGGCCUGGCUUCAGAUAUGAUGACCGUUUGUGUUUACAUGAGAGGA